AAAUGGUUGCACGUUCUCUUCACUAGACGCAAUGAUAAUGCAAUCUAUCUUCCGCGCUGAUUUGUAUGUUAAAAUCACCCGAGGAUUAUUGCCAACUUCUUAAAGACUUAAAACUGGAAUAAAAAUUGUAUAUCAAUGUCAUUUCGAUACAAGACCAAAAAGAUGCAACCUGUUUCAUGGCUUGGGCAACAAUAGCCUAUCGGACUUCGUGUAAUUGUUUAGCAUCUUGCCAGUAACGCGUACGUUCUACACACAUUAACGCAUUACACGAGCAGCUCGUGACGAGGAGCUGGCGCUAACAGGCACCACCGUAGAAUCGCUAAUGUGUAGACGUUGAUACAUUCCAUCGAACUAUAUAAAUCUAUAGAUAUAUAGAUCUAUUUAGAUGGAUGAACACAUUUUAUAUAUAUAUACAGACUGUUUCUUUCUCCUUCCAACAUGUGCAUAUUCUAAUGCGAAUAGGGAAGCGAGAUCACGAAGAAGAAGAAGACCCAUAGGUUACCGCGGAAUUUAUUUCGACGAUAAUCGUAAGAGACACCCGCGCUCUCUCAGGUAGGAUACGAGAACGCGGAAGUGCGUACGUGCACGUUCAACGCGUAGGUUUGUAUAGCCGCGAACGUGCAUAAACCGUAGCUCCGUAAGAAGCGCUUGUCGUGCAAACAACGCGUUCUAUGAUAGUACGCAGGAAACGCUUGUCGCCAGUACCGUAAACACUGUCACAAACCUAUACGAGAUCCGAUAUCUAUGGUCUUUCACUUAAUAUUUGAUGUAUACUUUAUAACUGUAAUCUUUAUAAUGUAACUGUGCGUUUAUAGUUAGAAACUUUUCGUACACCUUCACUUUGUGCAAAAGUUCUAUAACGGGACGAUAUACCUAUUAGAGGAUAUUGAAAAAAAAAAGAUCUCAUCAAAAAGUUUAAUAUAUUGAUUAAUAAAAGAAUAGAAGUAUCUUAUUGAUUUGUAACUUCAAAAUAGAAAUUGAUUCAAUUUAAAAAAGAUUUUUAUUUGAAUUUUAUAUAGUUCUAAUUUAAAAAAUUGCAAAAUAAUCAAAAUUAUGUGUGAUAUCAUCGAUAAUUAUACAUGCUUUGAAAUUGAUAACGAUGAGUAAAAUGAUAUCAGAGAUGAAACUCGUAUAAAAAUUAAGUUAUAAGAGCAUAAUAUUUGAAUGCACAAGAAUAUGAACUUAUUAACAAAAUUCUAAAAUGAAAGAUUAAUAAUAAUAUAUAUGAUUUAGUUUUCAUUAAAAUAUUUUUUUCCUGUAUAUAGAAUUUGGUUAAUCUAAUGAUAAUUAUUUUAUUAAUAUUCAUUUUUUUAUAAAUAUUAGAUUUUUUUCUAAAAAUUCUACUUUUUAAUGAAAUGUUGUUGAAAUGUGUAGACAUCAUUGGCUGUUUUAAUAGUAGUCACGCGAUGCAUUAUAAUUGACAAGUGUUAUUGUUUAUAUAGUACUUCUUAAAUGUGUAUAAUUAAAGAACUGAAAUUGAAUGAUAAAAAUUUUUUGUUUUUUAACUUAUCAUACUUAUCAUUCUUAUCUGCCACUUAAUCCUAAAUACUCAAACUCUUUCUUGUAAUAUUUAGUCGUUCUGGAACUUUAAUACGAGUUUCACAUCCCAGAUAAAAUUAUAACUUAAGGAGUUUUUUAGUGAUAGUAAGAAACAUGACAUUUCAUAUGAAAUCAAAAAUAACAUUUGCAUUCGUAAAAAAUAAUAUAAACGUUUAUACUGGUGAUGAUUAAAAUCAACAGAGAUGUAUGGACAUAAAUGCUUAUUUAUCACAAGUGAUGUUUACAAACGAAGAACAAGUAGAAAUCAAAUUUCACAAUGAACUUAACGAUUCUCAAAAUUCAAAAAGAAAACAUUCAAUUAUAACUAGACUUAUUAAUUCUAACAGAAUACGAUAAAAAAAAGAAAGGGAAAAAGAAUGCUAAUAUAAUUCGCCAGACAGAUGGUUGUUUGAAUCAUUACGUAAAUGGCAUCAAUGUUAAAUGUGUUGAAGCCAACAAUGAUUAAAGAGGCAACGUUUGUCGACUAAGCGAUACAUUAAAUAAAUAAACUGCCGCGAUCGAGUACGAUCGCGGCCAAGCACUAGUGUGCCUGUCGAAUUCAGCCUGACAAUAUCGUUUAAAAGUGGAACAUGGCUAACCUGGUAGCUGCAGAUUAUGCGGUAAUCAUAAUAACGAUGAUCAUUAGUUCAGGAAUUGGUGUAUAUUACUGGCUUAGCGGAGGAAAACAGAAAUCGAUGGAGGAAUAUUUCAUGGCAGACAGAUCGAUGCAAAUGUUACCGGUCGCGAUAGGCUUAACGGUUUCGUAUAUAUCCGCGGUCAGUUUGCUAGGAGUGAGUUCAGAAAAUUAUGUUUAUGGUACCCAAUACGCUGUGAUCAAUAUUUCUUAUGGACUUGCUACACCAUUCGUUGUUUACUUGUACAUGCCGGUGUUCUUUAAGAUUGGAAAAGCCAGCGCCUUCGAGUACUUGCACAAACGUUUUGGAAAAGCGGCAAGAAUGGCAGGAAGCUUCGCUUUCACACUUCAACUGCUUCUGUACAGCGGUGUAGUAUUGUACGCACCGGCACUUGCCCUGGAAGCAACCACAGGUAUCUCGACGACCGCAAGUGUAAUCGGCAUAGGAUUGGUCUGCACGUUUUAUUCGACCAUCGGCGGUAUCAAGGCGGUUCUCAUUACCGAUGUAUUUCAGAGUCUGUUGAUGCUGAUAGCUAUUAUCUUGGUAAUCAUCACCGCAGCCAUGAACGUCGGAGGCCUUGACAAAAUUUGGGAGAUUGCCCGACAAGGAUCACGGAUAGAAUUUGACAGCAUUUCAAUGGACCCAACUGUGCGACACACCUGGUGGAGCUUGACAUUUGGCGGUUUCUUCACCUACCUCUCCUUGUACGGAACCAACCAAGUUCAAGUUCAGAGAAUGUUAACCAUCAAAAACGUGAAACACGCGCAAUCUGCCAUUUGGAUAAGCUGGCCAUUAUCCUCCCUCAUGUCCUUGGGCCUCUGUUUCACUGGAUUGGCGAUAUACACCCGGUAUCGUAACUGCGACCCCCUCGAGAGCGGAAGGAUCGGAUCCUACGAUCAAUUAAUGCCGCUUUAUGUGAUGGACAUGCUUUCCGCGUAUCCAGGUGUGCCCGGCCUUUUUAUAGCAGGCAUCUUCAGCGCUGGACUUAGCACUAUCUCUGCCACGGUGAAUUCCUUGGCCGCCGUUAUACUGGAAGAUUUUAUCAAACCCAUAUGUCGUCUUUGGAAUAAAGAGAUUACCGCAACGGGUUCAAUCAUCAUCAGCAAGAUUCUGGCCGUUAUAGUCGGUAUUAGUUGUAUAGGAUUGGCAUUUAUGGGACAUUUUCUUGGUGGACUUCUUCAGGCAGCUCUGACGAUUUUUGGUGUGGUGGGCGGUCCUGUGUUCGGCAUGUUCACUUUAGGCAUGUUUACAAGAUUGGGAAAUCAGAGAGGAGCGAUCGUCGGUCUACUAACUAGCCUCGUUUUCUCCCUGUGGAUCGGUUUCGGUCAGCCAAAACCACCAAUCCCGAACAAGGUGGAUAUCACGUCUAACUGUAGCAAUGCCACGCAUUAUGAUUACGAGGAAUCGUCGAAUUUGCAUUUUGAAUACCAGCAAAGUAACAAUGACUCAUACUUCUACCUGUAUCGCAUUUCAUAUAUGUGGUACUGUCCCUUGGGAAGUGUCUUAAGUUUCGGAGUAGGUUGGAUUUUCAGUUGGAUUUCAAAUCUAAUUCUAAAUGAAGAACCGCAGGAUAUAGAUCCUGAUCUCUUCACGCCGAUUUUAGCAUCGAAAUUACAUAAAAAACGAUUAAAAAAUUCAAACGAAUAUCACAGUACGGUAAUAUUGGAUACGAUUUCUUGAUAUUAAUUAAUUAAUUCGUGUCAUGAGUGAUAUAAUAAGUAUGCUACGAAGGAAUUUUUUAUACUCAUACAUAAUUUUAAAAUAAUGAACAUUUAAAUUAUCUCUUAACGAUUAACAAAUUACAAUUCUAUUAUGCAAUUUUCAAAACGUUGGUUCUCGUAGUAUUAUUUCAUCAUCGCAUGAUUUCCAACAUCACCAUCACCAUAUUUUUAACGUCCAAUCGUAAAAGGAAACAGACCUAACCUAUCAAUCGUUUAUUUACAACGGUUAGACGCGCCACUCGAAGAAUUCUCGUAAUUGGCCUUAACCUAAAAACAAGCGGAGCAGAGUCCAAAUCCGUUGAACAAGACACGUGUCGCGUAAACCAACCAGAACGACGUUUACACUGAGCAACUCUGUUAUUAAAAUAAAAAAAGUAAUAAAAAAAUAAGAGGAAAAAAAUUGUAAUCGAAGAUCUCUCGAGAAAUACGAUUCGACGAAAUCGUGGCCGAUAUUACGCGUAACUUGCUUUCCUUUCGGAAUUCCGAUUAUCGCCACGAGGCGGCCAACCUCUUCUCCUCCUCUGCAACGAGGAGCAGACGUAAACACCGCGCGAACCACGGGUGUGCUGAACGUUUACCGAAACGUUCGCAAAUCACGAUGGAAUGCCGUCAGACUGGUGUUCCCGUGCGCGGCACACGGUGACAUACAGAACGAAGCAACGACCCGUGCACUGUGCAGCGCUUACGUAAGGAAAUAACGCGGUACGGAGAGACCGAGUGGACCACCUCGAGCUUUGUUUCGACUACUAAAGCCACGUAUUCACCGGUCACGUAGAAUGCUUGCAAAUGUUUGUGAGCUUUUUGAAAUGUUAAUAGCAGGCAAUCCGUGACAAACAUUUGUCAAGCACUUCCACUAAACAAAUGUUAGCAAACAAGGGCUUGUUUAUGAGCACUUGUCGUUGAUGCAUUGAUAGGGCCAGUUCUUAAAGACAGUAGUCGUUCGUUUACGUUAAACGUGUAGGAAUCGACAUGGAAACACUUCGUAAAUGUUAGCGUGUGGUUUACUUAAUGAUUAAAAUUCUGCACAUUUUUAUUGAUCAAUCGAGAAACUCGGGAAUGUGAAUAGAUACGCAGUUAAAGAAAUUGAGCCUGAACGCGCGACUGUCACUGUUUUGAAUAUUUGCGGUAUUCGAAUUUCGUUGAACUUUUGUUGAAACGGAGUCUUUAUGGUCGCCGCCAUCCAUGUUGAGCAACCACUACUGUCUUUCGUCCAACCGUGUAAUUACAUUGCGCAAUUCGCGCAUCUCUCAUAUGCUUUGCUUGUUCACCACUAAUUUAACGUGGAACAUUGAGAGAAUUAUGUAAGAACAGUGAACUGUAAAGAUUUUGAAGUGGAAAGUUACACAAAAUAAUGAGAACAUUGUAAAUGAUUAUUAAUUAUAAAUUGAACUAAAAAAUAUUACAUGUAUGAUAACAUAUAUGAUAUACAUACAAAAAAUAUAUACAAUAAAUGAAUUAA